AUGCAUGCAGUGGCGGAGAUCGGUGAACGCUUUGCCUUCUACGCCGUUGCCGCCAAUCUGAUCACCUUUCUAACGGGACCCCUGCAAGAGGGAAUCGCCGCCGCGGCUGCGGCCACCAACGCGUGGAGCGGCACGGCGCUGAUGCUGCCGUUGCUGGGCGGCGCCAUUGCCGACCUGUGGCUCGGAAGAUAUCUCACCAUUAUCUUGGCGUCGCUCCUGUACACCCUGGGUUUAGGCCUGCUGGCCGUGUCAACCUUGGUUGGGCACCACUGCAACACCGCCAGCGAGAUGUGCCCGCCGCCGCCCACCGUCCAGGUGACCCUAUUCUACGUGUCGCUCUACAUGGUGGCCAUCGGCGAGGGCGGCCACAAGCCGUGCACGCACGCGUUCGGCGCCGACCAGUUCAGCAAGAGCGACCCCGGCGAGUCCGUCUCCAGGGGCUCCUUCUUCAACUGGUGGUACUUCGGCGUGUGCGCCGGCACCGCCGCCACGCUCCUGGUCGUCAGCUACGUGCAGGAGAACCUCAGCUGGGGCCUCGCCUUCGCCAUCCCGUGCGCCGUCAUGUCCUGCACCCUCGUCGUGUUCCUGCUUGGUACGAGGACGUACCGGUACACCGACACGAGCGGGACGCGCAGCCUGUUCGCUUACGCCGCCGAGGCUUUCGCUGUCUGGCGGCGGCGCCGGCGGAACAGAAGGCUCAGGGCUGCAGCUCGCACGGACAUCAGCAGCAGCAGCGAUGAGGAGGCGCAGGUGGCAGCGACGACGACAACGACGAACACAGCCGUCGUGGUCAGCGAAGCCAAGGACGUCCUCCGUCUGUUCCCGAUAUGGGCGAUGACGCUGGUAUACGCCGUGGUGUACUCGCAGUCCAUGACGUUCUUCACGAAGCAGGCGGCGACCCUGGAUCGACGCGUCGGCGAGCUGGUGAAGGUGCCGGCGGCGGCGUUGCUAGCCUUCAUCAGCAUCACCAUCAUGGUGCUCGUCCCGGUCUACGACCGCGUGGUCGUCCCGCUGUCGCGCCGGUACACGGGCCGGCCGUCGGGGAUCACCAUGCUGCAGCGCAUCGGAGCGGGAAUGUUCCUCUCCAUCGUGUCCACGGUGAUCGCGGCGCUCGUCGAGGAGCGCCGGCUCCGGGUCGCGCGUGACACCGGGCUGACCGACAAGCCCAAGGUCCAUCUGCCGAUGAGCCUGUGGUGGAUGGUGCCGCAGUACGUCGUGUUCGGCUCCGCCGACGUGUUCGCCAUGGUCGGCCUGCAGGAGUUCUUCUACGACCAGGUGCCUGACAGGCUGCGCAGCAUUGGCCUGGCGCUCUACAUCAGCAUCUUUGGCAUCGGAAGCUUCGUCAGCAGCGCGCUCGUGUCAGGCAUCCACCGGGCGACGGCGGCGAGGGGCCAGAGCUGGUUCUCAGAUAAUUUGAACCACGCCCACCUCGACUACUUCUACUGGCUGCUCGCCGCGCUCAGCGCGCUCCAGUUCUUCGCCUAUUUGUUUUUUGCGUGGAGAUACAAAUAUAAGAACGUUGGAGCUGAGCACAUGUGA